AUGCCUUUGUAUAACUCAGAUGAUACUUGUCAACUUUUGGGACCUGUAUCCAUAGUAAUUCAGGUUUUGAUGGGUACAGCAGCAGUGGCGUCUCUACUAAUCAAGAGGAAUCACGAACAUCCCAGGCGAAAGAUGAUCGUUUGGAUGUACGAUGUGGCCAAGCAGAUAAGUGGAGCAUUAGGAAUUCAUUUUAUUAAUUUGGCACUAAGCGUUGUAAAGAGGGGAGGUCCGCGAAUGUUCAACGGAAAUGACAAUGAUGACGAUAGCGAAUGCGACUGGUACUUUCUGAAUCUGUUACUCGAUACCACCAUCGGAAUACCGAUACUUUGGGCUUCUCUGACCAUUAUUGAAAGCAUUCUUGGCUAUUUCAAAAUUACGAACAUCGAGAGUGGUAAUUACUUCUCCAGAAUCAAGGACGAGAACGAGAAUGAGAUUACGAACGAGCGAAGACCAAUGUUUAUUGCAUUCCUGAAGCAACUUUGUGUCUUUACCGGAGCUUUGGCUCUGAUGAAACUGUGCAUUUUUCUAAUCCUAAACUAUUUCGAAAUUGGCGCAUACUGGUUUGCCGACCUAAUGCUUGGCUGGUCCGACAAAUGGCCCAACUUCCAAGUAUUCUUAGUGAUGUUUGUGUGUCCAAUUGUCCUCAACUGUUUCCAGUAUUUUUGUGUUGAUAAUAUCAUCAAAUUACCCACAAACGGCGUGAAUUUGGGAAAUGUAGAGAACUUUGAAACACAGUCACUCAGCACUCAGGAAAUGGCAGGCAUCAUGACGUCUGACCUACAGGAACGAGAGAAUUCAAGGAAGCAAUGGGAUACCAACACCCAAUAUGGUGCCAUCCUAUGA